AUGGAAAUACCAUGGGCCAUAUUCGACGAGGUGGACAGCCGCCCGUCUAGUUCUUUUGACCGCAGUAUACGCACAGAGACUUUUAACGGGGAGAAUGCCACUCUCGUCAUGACACAGAGGGCGGGAGUGCUUAUGAUGCGAGAGGGGCGUCAGGUGACAUGUUGCCUUAGUGUGAUGGGCGACAUCAACAACAAGGGGCUUCCUGCUUGUAGAAUGCAGGACGGGCGCAGCGAAAGUGAGGCGGAUGCCAUGUUCAAAGCGUUGCAGUUAGCCUCUGCGGACUACAACAAGAUCUGGCGGAUAUAUCAUAGUUGGAUAAAUGGGGAUGAAGAAAGGUCUCGGACUGAGGUGAAUUGGGUAUCGACGGAGCUACAGACUGAACUGGGUAGCCUGAUCUCGGACGUCAAGACCGUGGCAACUAUCAAUAUUUUCUUCAUAAUCGGGGUCGGUCUAAUCCUCGUUACUUUUCUCGUAGGGGCGUCUGUGCAUGUGUUUUACAGGUUGAAGCUGGUGAAGGUGGAACCGAGCUGUCGACGCGUCACGCUAGAGACUAGCCGCAGGGUUUUGGCGAUGUCAGCAAGUUGCAAAUACAAUUGCGGCAUGGUGCCCGGGGCGCCGCCUCGAACAUCACUAGUCCGGAGCGGUGACAAGACAUGUCACUUGGACACGUCAUAUUCUUUGCAGGACGACUCGAUAAGUGCAACCGAGGCUGCAAAGGAAGGGCUAGUGCUGGUGGGACGCAGGGUGCGAGCACGCGACGGAGAAGAAGCACAGUCGGAGGGUUCGCUGCCUCAUUGCUGUGCGGUCGGGCGUGUGGCUGCGGCAUACCGCUCUCGGGGCAGGGGAAGGCGGAACGACGAGCACAGGAUUGCGUGGGUGAAGAGCCCAGGUCGAUCCAAGACGCUGCUGGCGUUGGUGAGGAAGGAUGGGCGGAUGCGUCCUUUGGAAGACUGUGAGGGCGGUAGGGAUGAUAUCAAUUGA